CACGUGAAGGAGGGGCAAUGAGAGGAGCUGAGCUGGAGGCUUGUGCAGCCAUGUUAGUUUCUUCUGUUCACAAACGAUGAUAGAGGAGAGUCAUGGCUUUGUCACUGAGCGGAGACGAUGAGGAAUAUGAGUCAGAGUCUGAACAGCAGCGAGCAGUCAACCGGCCGAAGCCCAAGAUGGGGACGUCAUCAGCUGUUAAGUUGCCGUCCAACCGCAGCUCGUCCGGAGCCAGGCGUAGGAGGACGCGCUGCAGGAAGUGUGAAGCAUGCCUCCGGACCGAAUGUGGAGAGUGUCAUUUUUGUAAGGACAUGAAGAAGUUUGGUGGACCGGGGCGCAUGAAGCAAUCCUGCAUUAUGAGACAGUGCAUUGCGCCCGUCCUGCCCCACACCGCCGUGUGCGUGGUGUGUAAAGAGGCGGGGAAGGAGGACACGCUGGACAACGACGAAGACAAGUUCAACUUCAUGCUCAUGGAGUGCUCCAUCUGCAACGAGAUCGUUCACCCCAACUGCCUCAAGGUCAGCGACGCCUCAGGAGUGGUGAACGAUGAACUUCCUAACUGCUGGGAGUGUCCAAAAUGCAACCACGCUGGGAAAAGUGGGAAAGUGAGUACAAAUAUGAAUACUUGA